AUGUCUAGAGAAGCUGCCAGUGCUAAUUCAAAUGAACAACUUACAAAUGAUGAGAGGCUUGCAAGGGUGUUCCAAGCCUUAGAAGAUCUCACUGGACUUAUGAGAUGGCAAGUCCAAAUGAACCAGGCUCCCAAUCCAGUUAGGGAGUUGACAAUAGCUGAAAAGAAGAUAAAGUGUCUCGCGGAGUUUCGGAGGCUCAAACCUCCAAAUUUUAGAGGAAACAAGGGUGAAGCUGAGAAAUGGCUUAAAGAAAUCAAAAAGCUUUUUGAGGUGACAUCCACGCCCGAAGAAUUCAAAGUAGCCAUUGCCUCGUCACUCUUAUUUGAUGAGGCCGAUCACUGGUGGGACACCGUGAAGAUUAGACAUGAUCUUGAAAGUAUGAACUGGACAACCUUUGAAGAACUCUUUUAUGCUCAAUAUUUUCGAGAUGUGGUUCGUGAAGCCAAGCUACAGGAAUUUCUUCAUCUUACUCAACGUAAUAUGACGGUUGCUGAAUAUGAUGCUAAGUUUAUGGAAUUGAGCCGGUUUGGGCAAUGUUUGAUAGCUACGGAGGAGAUGAAGGCCUUAAAGUUUGAGAGGGGACUCCGACCCACCAUCCGAGAAAAAUUAGUGGCUCUACACAUCCGGAAGUAUUCUGAUAUGGUAGACAGUGCCAUGAGUGUGGAACGUGAAAAAGAGGAUUUUCAGAAAAUUUAA